AUGUUUUAUGUCUCAGGCUCGCCGAAGAUCGAAUGCGGACCCAUUCACAUCGGCAUCACGGUGAAAACGAAAAGGCCGUUGGGCGGUUCUAUCUACAUCAGGGGUCGGCACCACACGGAAGGCUGUUACAAUCGAUCGAUGGCCAACGGCAUGUCUGCCAACCUAAUGAUUCCAUUGGCUGAUGCGAGUAACUGUGGAAUCGAAACGAAGCGCAACCUGAAAAAUGGAGAAAUCGUCAUGUCGGGUGUGUGGAUCAUAGCUUCUCAUCCUACGUUUGUGACAAAAUCUGAUGAAGCUUACGCAGUGAGCUGUGUUUUCAGACAAAGAGAUAUUAUGGUCAAUUCCGAGAUGGACGUAUCAGACUUGAUCACCGAAGUAAUGGGUCGCACGGCACAGAUGCCAAGCGUUGCCAUGAAAAUCGUCGAAGGUAGAUCGCCGGAUGUUUCAUUGGCCACCUUGCGUCAAGCGGAAGUUGGACAACCAAUGACAAUCCUAUGGUACAUACCGCAAGGCGGUUCAAGCAUCUUUGGAAUUCGAGUCCGACACUGUACUGUAGAAAGCAGAGAAGGGUCGAGAGUGCCGAUCCUCGAAAAUGGCUGCUCUGUACAGCCUUCCAUUAUUGACGACGUGAAGUACCAAGACGACUUUGCAGAAGCCUACUCUACCGCCAGCGCCUUCAAAUUUGCCGACGAACGGGACCUGACGUUCAAGUGCACGGUGAUGGUGUGCACAAAAGUGAUUAAGGGUGACAACAGAGCUGAAGAUGUCUGUUCCACUCAGCAAGUAUGUUUAUCCGUAUCUAAACUGAACUAUAGUGCUGCUAAGGUUCUUUAUGUAAUUGCUUGAUG